AUGGUGGCGAAAGGUCACACUUCAAUCGGGACAAGCACAGAAGAGCAAGAAUUAGAACUUGAGGCUUUUUAUGAUUUCUCUGAAUCGUACAAAGAGAUCAAUUUUGCGCAUUUGAAGAAAAAAACUGUUGCAGCAUUGAUGGGAAAUGAAGCAGUCGACGAUGAAGACACUUGGGAUGAUGAUGAUGAGGAUGAGGAAGACGAAGAGCUUGCAGAUUUGAUUGGGAGACAGGCGGCUCACAGAUCUAUCGCUUACGUCUAUAAACAGAGAAUCGGGAAGAAACGUAAUGAUCCCGUCCGAUUAGCUCUGUUGCAUGCCAAACAGUUGAAAGCACUCACAGAAAACGGAGAAUCUGCUUUAGAAAAAGAACGCCUUUCUCGACUCUCUCGUAGACACCAUCAACAACAAAGUCAAGCUCAAAUGGAUAGAAUUCAGAGGUUCGAUUUGCGUGUUGGAUCAAAAGCAAACAAAUUGAACAGAACCAUGAAGACCGCAGAAAAGUAUUUCAUUUAG